AUGGACACGGAAAGAGAGCACGCAGCCUUCAUCUACGCCUUCACCGCAGUAACCCUGGAUGUCACGCGGUCCUUUCAAUGCACCACCAAAUCCAGCCCCCAACCAACCUCAACACAAAUAACAGACCUAAUGCGCCAGUCCGUGGAAACCCAAGAACCACUAGUAAUAGGCUUCCGGCCGUCAAUCCUACGCGCCACCACAUGCAUCUUCAUCCAGAUGUGCGCCAUGAGCCUAGGCCACUACGAUCUAGGCUUCUUCCACCUACGCGAAGCAAUCAGCAUGAUCCAGAUGCUCCGCAUCAGCGACAAAACCGUCAAUGCCAGCCUCAGCACGGCUGAGCGAGCCCGCCGCCAACGACUGUACUGGCAAUGCUUCAUCCACGAGCGAUUCCUAUCCAUCGUGAAUUUCUCCCCGGUGACACUGCCCCCGCACACCCAGUACCCGGAAGAAGACGCGUUCGUGGGCGCGGAUAUCCAGCUCGGCUGGACGCAGGUGAUCAAGACGUUCUGCAUGCUGGAUGCGUCGUUUAUGAGUCUGUGGAUUGGGGACCGCACGCAGGUCACUGCGUCGUGGGUGGAGCGGAAACACCGCGAGUUGGAUGAUGCGGUGUGGGAGGUGGAGGUUUCGGCGCUGUCGGAGCUGCAGCAGGCGGAUUUGGUGGUUACGCGGCAGUGGAUGCGGACGCUGUUGUGGCAGUUGGCCAUGUCGAAUUGUUUGCUUAGUUCGCAUGCGUCGUGUCCGUCGUUAGAGCUGGAGAUGCCGUUGAGGUUGUCGAGUCAGCUCAGGCAGUUUUUGACGAAGAUCUCGCAGAAUACGAUUCGGGUGCAUGGCUCGUCGAUGAUUAGCAAGUUGUUGGAGAUUGUUAAUACUAUUGCGGAUGUGGUGAUUCAUGUGCCGCAGGCGACUGAAGAGGAGACGACGAGUCGCAUUGAUGAUAUUGUUUUUAUGCAGGGGGUUGUGCUUUCUUUUCAUAAUUUGCAGGUUAUGCCGAAGGAUAUUCUGUUGGAUAAGUUUAGAUUGAUUAGAGGGAGGUUUCCACAUAUUGAGGUGGCUAUGCAACUAGCUGUUUAG